GGACUGCCACGUAACAACACAAGCGCUCAGCUGGUACUGCAGGCUACCGUAGUGGAGUUGGAGCUAGCCAGCUAGCAAAAUUACCGGAGUAGAAAAAUAUCUAGCAUUAAAUCCUAACUACGAUAUAAACCAGCCGUGUCAUGGGGGGAUCGCAGAGUGUCGAGAUACCGGGAGGAGGAUCCGAAGGUUACCAUGUUCUUCGGGUUCAGGAGAAUUCUCCAGGACACCGGGCAGGACUGGAGCCUUUCUUUGACUUCAUUGUCUCCAUCAACAACGAAAGACUGAACAAGGACAAUGACACUCUGAAGGACCUGUUGAAGGCCAGUGUGGAGAAGCCGGUUAGAAUGCUGGUCUACUCCUCUAAGACCCUGGAGCUCAGGGAGUCCACAGUCACCCCUAGCAACCUCUGGGGUGGCCAGGGCCUGCUGGGUGUCUCCAUACGCUUCUGCAGCUUCGAGGGAGCCAAUGAGAACAUCUGGCAUGUGCUGGAGGUGGAGCCUAACUCUCCGGCAGCCCUGGCUGGCUUGCGGCCCCACACUGAUUACAUCAUAGGAGCCGACACCGUUAUGAACGAGUCGGAGGACCUGUUUUCACUGAUAGAGACCCAUGAGGGGAAGGGAUUGAAGCUAUAUGUCUAUAACACAGACACAGACAACUGCAGAGAGGUGGUCAUCACCCCCAACAGUUCCUGGGGAGGGGAUGGCAGUCUGGGAUGUGGGAUCGGAUACGGAUACCUGCACAGAAUUCCCACCCGGCCAUUUGAAGAAGGGAAGAAGAUUAGUUUUCCGGGUCACAUUCCCAGUGGUGAGCCCAUCAGCCCGCUCAAGGAUGGAUUUACUGAGGUUCAGCUCUCUGCUGUAACCCCACCCCCUGCUGUGCCUUCCGUCCCCACGGGGUUAGAACAUUCGCUGUCCAGCCUGUCAAUCAACUCAACCCCGCCCACCACCACGAGUGAGCUUCAGACAGGUCUCCCCACUGUUCCCCUGAUUCCCACCUCCCUUAGCCCCCUAAACCCAGCCUCCACGACCUUCAACCCUGCCACCACGCUACCAGGUCUGUUGCCUCUCCCGGGUGGCCUGCCCCCAUUCCCAAACCUCCCUAAUCUCAACCUCACUGCGCUGCCAGACCUCAGUGCUGUAUCGCUAGCAGGAUUCCCUCCACUCGCACCCUUCCCUCCUCUGAACCUGCCAGGUCUAGCCCCCCUCCCCCCCCUGCCCGCCAUGCUGUCCCUUCCCCCUGUCAACGUCUCCUCCUUCACCCCCCUCACCCUUCCCACAGUCACCCCCACCCCAGAGCAGCAGACCCUCCCUGAUGCCACAGCUCCCUCUUCUGCCACCACAGAACCAGCUGUCGCCUCAGAGACCACGGAAUCAAAGGCUGCCACGGAGACGUCGUCGUAACACAGGAAGUCUCAUACCCAGAAUCAAACCUGCCGGUUUCUCUCCCUCUCUCUCAUUCUCUUUCUCUCUCAUAUUUAUUUAGCCAGGAGGGACAGAAUAAUUUUCAGCGGUGAGGCUGGUGCAGUCAGUUGGAAACAUGGAGCAGAGGAAUAAACGAUGGACAGAUCAGUUGAAGGAAUAAAGCAGUGGCUGAGUGGCUAGAAGCAGUGUAGCCCUGCCAGCCUGUCUGUCCCACACUGCCUUAGUUUCAUUCAAAAUUCAAAUGAUCUUCCGCACCCUUUAGUAAACACAGACAUCUCUUAGCUAGAUAUUCCUUUAUAUAUAAUUUUUUGUUCAAUUGCUUUAUGGUUGUUUCUGUUAAAGAAUGACAUUUGCAUUAUUUUGCACCACAUUUUGUGUUUAGAAAUGAUUAGGCAUGUUUGUCCCUAUGUACUGUGUCUCUCCAUGCACCGUUUGUUUAUAACAGAACUCUAUAGCCUACCCUUAAACGCUGUGUGAGGGCAGUAGUCACUAGAUGGCCACGCCAGAGGGGACCAAAAUGGGGAGGGAUAUCGUCAGAACUAUUAACUAUUUGUGGCUGGGAUAGGGUUUGUGGUAAAUAUCGUAUUGGGGGUUAGACAGCGCUGCCUGUAGUGCCAUCUUCUGGCAUGGUCGGAUGAAGACGUGGGAAAUGAAAGGCGCAGUGAGGCUUUUCAACUACACGAGGGCGCUGUUACAACUUUAUGAAAACACCUUGUAUACAUACUCGAGCAAUAAAGGCGAUGGAAUUUUAAACUA